UCUUGGAGGAAAGCAGCACGGAAAGCUCGGACAAUGAGCUCGACCUGGAGCGACUGGAUUCCGAGCCCAUGGAUGUCCAGCAAAGCUCCGCGGUGGCCCUGGCCAUCAAUAUCUCCAAGAGCUUGGUGGGAGAAGGGAUUUUGAGCUUACCUGCUGGCGUUGCGGCUGGCACUGGGGUCAUCCCCUCCCUGGUGAUCAUGGCGGCAUUUUGUUGUCUCAUGAUGUAUUCGUUCUGGUCCAUAGGUCGUUGCUGCGAGGCCACCAGUGCCAGGACUCAUGGGGAGGUGGGUUUGGCGCUGGGAGGUCGCAAGUUUGCUGCGAUGAUGGAGGUGGUGAACCUGCUGAAGUCUGGCUUGGCAUGUGCUGCUUAUGCCUUAGUCAUUGGUAAAAAUGGUUCAGAUGUGCUGUACACCUUUGGGGUGGAAGGUUGGAUUCAAACACCCCAGGGCUGCUUUCUCUUCGUCCUGGUGACGUCUCUGCUGCCGCUGUGUUUCAUACGCGACCUGUCCAGGUUGGCAUGGACCAGUCUCUUCGGUUUGCUGUGUGAAGUUGCCGUGGUGAUCUUCAUGAUCGUCCGCUUGGUGGGUGGUGAGUAUCGCGUCGGCGGCACGUUCUACGAAAGCCAGCUGCCUACAACUGAGGUCAGCUGGGGCUUCGGAGGGCCCCAGAUCUACACUGUGAAUCUCUCAGUCUUUGUGCUGAUUGGAAGCAUGUCCACAGCUUUUCUGGCACAUUACAAUGCGCCCAAGUUCUAUCAUCAGCUACGGGUUCGCAACCCUAAGACCUUUUUCUGGGCUACUGCUGGGGGAUAUCUGCUGGCACUGCUAUUGUAUGCCACAGGUAUGGUGGUGGGUUAUCUCACCUUUGGCCAGAAUUGCAAGGGGAACAUCCUGCACAACUACUCCCCGCGAGAUCUUGGGGCCACGUUCUGCCGCAUGAUGAUCAUGCUGGCCACCAGCUGCGGCUUCCCCCUGUGCUUCACAGGUCUAAGAAGUGCCACCUUGGCCCUGUUCAGCUGGGACUCCCAGAGUCUCACCUGGGUUCCGGUGAAUCUACUUCUGCUGUCAGUGAUAGCAGUGCUGGGCUCGAUCCUAACGGAUCUUGGAGUGGUGAACUCUUUGGGUGGUGUGACCUUGGGAACGUUGAUCGAGCUGGUCUUCCCCGGCUUGAUGAUCAUGUGGACCUACCGUGCCAAGUUGGGCAAAUGGAGGCUUGGUGCCUUCGAGGGCACCAUGGUGGCUUAUACGCUGAUUGGCCUGGGAGGGGUGCUGUUUGUCUUUGGAACCACCACGGUUCUUUGGAUCAAGGUUUUUCACUUUCGCCUCUAUCAUACAACCACCGUUUAUUUGCCAGGAACGUCUUAGUGAUAAGCGCUUCUGUGUCCCAAUUCACCCCAGUUCAUCGCAGUUCUGCAUUUAGUGGGUGCAGCUCAUUCCCAAGAAAGGCACCACCGAGGGAUGUCAUGUGCCAAAGCCUUGCCAUGACAACGUGUGAUCGGAGGGCGGCGAGCCAGUGACGCAAAA